GGGGAAGCUCAGUGCGCAGGCGCAGCUCCCCGGCUCCGCUCGCCCCGGCGGUCCGGCCCAGCUCUCGCGGACAAGUCCAGACAUCGCGCGCCCCCGGCCUCCGGGACCGCCCCCUCCCACCUCUCGGCGUCGUCGAAGAUAAACAAUAGUUGGCCGGCAAGCGCCCAGUGUGUCUCCCGCCGCCGGAUUCGGCGGGCUGCGUGGGACCGGUGGGAUCCCGGCCAGCCGGCCAUGGCGGGGCUGUACUCGCUGGGAGUGAGCGUCUUCUCUGACCAGGGCGGGAGGAAGUACAUGGAGGACGUUACUCAAAUCGUUGUGGAGCCCGAACCGACGGCUGAAGAAAAGCCCUCGCCGCGGCGGUCGCUGUCUCAGCCAUUGCCUCCGCGGCCGUCGCCACCCGCUCCACCCGGCGGCGAAGUCUCGGGGAAAGGCCCAGCGGUGGCAGCCCGAGAGGCUCGCGACCCUCUCCCGGACGCCGGGGCCUCGCUGGCGCCUGGCCGUUGCUGCCGCCGCCGUUCCUCCGUGGCCUUUUUCGCCGUGUGCGACGGGCACGGCGGGCGGGAGGCGGCACAGUUUGCCCGGGAGCACUUGUGGGGUUUCAUCAAGAAGCAGAAGGGUUUCACUUCGUCCGAGCCGGCGAAGGUUUGCGCUGCCAUUCGCAAAGGCUUUCUCGCUUGUCACCUCGCCAUGUGGAAGAAACUGGCGGAAUGGCCAAAGACUAUGACAGGUCUUCCCAGCACAUCAGGGACAACUGCCAGUGUGGUCAUCAUACGGGGCAUGAAGAUGUAUGUAGCUCACGUAGGUGACUCAGGGGUGGUUCUUGGAAUUCAGGAUGACCCAAAGGAUGAUUUUGUCAGAGCUGUGGAGGUGACACAGGACCAUAAGCCAGAACUUCCCAAGGAAAGAGAACGAAUCGAAGGACUUGGUGGGAGAAAGAGUUUUUUUGGCUUUAUCACCAAAAAUACCAUCUGGACAGUUGGACAGAUACUGUGCCAUUUUGGAGCAGUUGAAAUGGUGCCCGCAGAGAUGGUAGUGCUGCCGGAAGCUGGUCCGCACUGUCAUACGCCCAGCUGGGCAACGUUUGCGCUGCCAGACGUGGAGCAGUCGUGGCUAGCGAUUGUGGUCAUUUUCUCUUUUAAUCUGUUGCUGUCAUACUAUUGGCUUCCAUCUAAUACUUCUUGCUUUUUCUGCUCCAUUCCCCCAGGUGAUUUAUGGAGUUAUGAUUUCUUCAGUGGUGAGUUUGUGGUGUCACCUGAACCAGACACAAGUGUCCACACUCUUGACCCUCAGAAGCACAAGUAUAUUAUAUUGGGGAGUGAUGGACUUUGGAAUAUGAUUCCACCUCAAGAUGCCAUCUCAAUGUGCCAGGACCAAGAGGAGAAAAAAUACCUGAUGGGUGAGCACGGACAAUCUUGUGCCAAAAUGCUUGUGAAUCGAGCAUUAGGCCGCUGGAGACAGCGUAUGCUCCGAGCAGAUAACACUAGUGCCAUAGUAAUCUGCAUCUCUCCAGAAGUGGACAAUCAGGGAAAUUUUACCAAUGAAGAUGAGUUAUAUCUGAACCUGACUGAUAGCCCUUCCUAUAAUAGUCAAGAAACCUGUGUGAUGACUCCUUCCCCAUGUUCUACACCACCAGUAAAGUCACUGGAGGAGGAUUCAUGGCCACGACUGAACUCCAAGGACCAUAUACCUGCCCUGGUUCGUAGCAAUGCCUUCUCAGAGAAUUUUUUAGAGGUUCCAGCUGAGAUAGCUCGAGGGAAUGUCCAGGGUGUAGUCAUGCCCUCAAAAGAUCCAGAACCACUUGAAGAAAAUUGUGCUAAAGCCCUGACUUUAAGGAUACAUGAUUCUUUGAAUAAUAGCCUGCCAGUUGGCCUUGUGCCUACUAAUUCAACAAACACUGUCAUGGACCAAAAAAAUUUGAAGAUGUCAACUCCUGGCCAAAUGAAAGCCCAAGAAAUUGAAAGAACCCCUCCAACAAACUUUAAAAGGACAUUAGAAGAGUCCAAUUCUGGCCCCCUGAUGAAGAAGCAUAGACGAAAUGGCUUAAGUCGAAGUAGUGGUGCUCGGCCUGCAAAUCUCCCCACAACCUCACAGCGAAAGAACUCUGUUAAACUCACCAUGCGACGCAGACUUAGGGGCCAGAAGAAAAUUGGAAAUCCUUUACUCCAUCAACACAGGAAAACUGUUUGUGUUUGCUGAAAUGCAUCUGGGAAAUGAGGUUUUUCCAAACUUAGGAUAUAAGAGGGCUUUUUAAAUUUGGUGCCGAAGUUGAACUUUUUUUAAGGGGACAAAAUUAAAAGAAUAUACAGUUUGACUUUUUGGAAUUCAGCAGUUUUAUCCUGGCCUUGUACUUGCUUGUAUUAUAAAUGUGAAUUUUAUAGAUGUUAGGGUAUAAGUUGCUGUAAAAUUUGUAUACAUUUGUAUCCACACAAAUUCAGUCUGUUACUCUGAUACACAGUAAUCGUGACAACAGGGCUAAAUGUUUAAAGAAAUCAAAAGAAUCUAUUAGAUUUUAGAAAAACAUUUAAACUUUUUAAAAUGCUUAUUAAAAAAUUUGUAUAAGCCACUUGUCUUGAAAACUGCGCAACUUUUUAAAGUAAAUUAUUAAGCAGGCUGGAAAAGUGAUGUAUUUUCAUAGUGACCUGUGUUUCACUUCAUGUUUCUUAGAGACAAGUAUCUUUCAAACAUUUUUAAUUUCUGAUUUCAUAAUUCAGAACUAAAUUUUUCAUAGAAGUGUUGAGCCAUGCUACAGUAAGUCUUGUCCCAAUUAAAAUACUAUGCAGUAUCUUUUACAUCAGUAGCAUUUUUCUAAAACCUUAAUCAUCAGAUAUGCUUACUAAAUCUUUGGCAUAGAAGGAAGUGUGUUUGCCGAAAACAAUUCCCUUCUUUUUCAUACCAGACCAAUGACAUUAUUAGGUCUUAAAGUAGUUACUGCCUUCUCGUGUUUGCUUAAAAUAUGUGAAGUUUUCCUUGCUAUUUCAAUAACAGAUGGUGCUGCAAAUUCCCAACAUGUCUUUAAAUUAUUUUAUAUCAUACAGUUUUCAUUGAUUAUAUGGGUAUACGUUCAUCUAAUAAAUCAGUGAACUGUUCUUCAUGUUGC